AUGAGAGCAAAAGCAUCGGCGGCCAAGCGCAAAAAAAGCCUCAACUUUUCGAUGAGCAUCGCAUCGGUCGUCUUAUUCCUAUGCGGAGUCUUAGUGAACACAUCGAACGCUUUGCGCGAAGACCAACUCGGCACGUACGACUGGCACUUGAAAUUCGUCGGCGACGUUCGUUUCGUUUCGUUUCUCACCGGGGAAAACGAUCGGAAUAAGGUUUUGGUCACGACGCAAGAUUCGAACAUAAUCGCCGCUCUCGAUCAGAAAGAUGGUACCAUAGAGUGGCGAGCUACGUUGGAUGAGUCCGAUGCGGUCGAUUACGCUUCGCUCGUCUCCGCGACAACACAUACGAGGGACGAACAAAAAUUCUUGCUCGUGCAGUCAUCGAGUGGGAAGUUCAUCAGAGCGCUCGAUAUCGAGGACGGCUCUAUGAUAUGGGAGACCAUCGCAUACACCGAAGCCGCAGCUUCUGAGGAGUUAUACUUGGAGUCAGCAAAAGACUUGGGUAUCGACAUCUUACCUCUUGGCAAAGAUGUCGAUGGUGAUACAGUCCACGAUUUCUUAGUGCUCGCAAAAGGUACGGUGACGUUACGAUCUCUCGCCGACGGCGUGACGCAGUGGAAGGCGAACGUGGCCGAAGCUAUCGCGACGGAAACAAACGAAAAAUGUCAUUUACAGAGAGUAUGCUUGGAAGAGGGCUCGAAAGCCGUCUACGCGGUGGGAGUCUCGACCAUUGAUUCGAGCAUUUGUGGAGCGUCGCUUCGGGUUUCUGACGGGCACGUGACUCAUACCGCUGUGGGCGGGACAAAACUUUCCGGAAUCGUAGGCGAAGACGGUAAGUACUCCGUCUUUUGCGCGGGAGCGAACAGUGAUAAAGUCUUCGUCGCGUUGAAAAGGACUUCCAAGUCGAAGAAGCAAAAUUUCUCGGUCGUUACGAUUGACGCAUCGGCCUUUUUUGAGAAGAAAGGGGGUGACGCUUCCAUAUUCGCCGAUGUUUCGGUUAUGAAACUCGGCAUUAGCGAUGAUGCGAGCAAUACUUACAACAAAGGAGGCAAUGGAAGUACGGAUACUCGUAAUUUCAUCAAGUUAAACACUGUCGCUUCAGCUGGAGAUGAGAAAUCAUAUCGCAGCUCCCGCUUGGCUGGAGCCAUGAUACUAUCGAGUGACGCCGGAGAAAUGACCCUGCUUCGCUUUCUUGAUACAUCGAAGCAGUUAACGUCCGUGCGUUCGUUUCCAGAUAAGAACAAAGUAGCGGUAUCGUUCCACAACGAUGAGAUAUUUGUCGUGGAAAGUUCUAAGCUUUCUUCGUCCUCCCCGGUUCUUAAAGUGACGGCGCAAGCUUUAAUCGGUAACGGUAACGACGCUCUGCAAGUCGCGGAGUGGCACAUUGGUGACGAUAGCAAUCUUUUGAAAAAAUACGCGCACGUCAAGAGCGUAUUCGUAGAUCCCAAGACUACGAACGCAGUCGUUGUACACAGAGACGCCUUUCUAACUUUCGUGGAUAAGAAAACGAAAACUAAUCCAAUCUGGACCCGGGAAGAAUCGAUAGCCACGGCGAGUGAAUCUAUGUUCGGGUAUUUACCCGAAACCAUUGCGGUCUACACGGACGCUCGCGAACAAGCCAACGCAGUUGUUGUUAAAAGUUCCCUGAAAGAGUCCGCUCGUGUGCAGUACUUAGCACUUGCCGCGCGCUUGAACCGUGCCGACGCUGAAAUGCGCGCAGAAUUGGCGAAACUCCGCAGAUCUAGAGGUACGAAGCUGCUCCCCACUCGCGAUGAUAUUGGAUUUCGACGUUCAUUACUUUUUCUCACACCUACUGGAUCACUCAUUGCGCUGCACAAUGGCGAUGGUAGAGUGGUAUGGCGCACGCACUUGGGAUGCGCAAAGAAUGAAUGGAAGUAUACGGCGUUGGUUCCGUGGGUGGUUGACGGGAAGGAGGCCUUGCUCACAGUAGCAAAGAACGCAACGACGACUAUUGUGCAGUGUGUGUAUCAAGAAGAUGGCACUAAGGCAGCAGACGCAACGUAUUAUGGUUUUGCUGCCGUGCGUUUAGUUCCACUAGAAGUUUCUGGAAAAGCUUCUCGGAUUCUGUUUGUGGAUGACGUGGGGGAAGCGUCGGUGUACCCACCAGAAACAGAUAGUCGAGAAAGCACUACGCUGAACGCAGUGAGAAGCGCGAUAUCGCGAAAUUCGUACUAUGUUGUGGAUCAAGAGCGGAACGAAGUGCGUGGAUACACUUUCGCCUUGACAGAUAAAGGGACAAGUGCGAGUGGAGUACAUACGUGGACUAUUAAAUUCCCGCCGGAGUCUGGGAAUAUUGUAGGGUUUUCUCGGAAAGCUGCGCAAACGGAACCCGUUCAUGCGUGGGUGAAAGUUCCAGGCGAUCGUUCUACUAUGUUCAAAUACGUCAAUCCGAACGUUUUCUUCAUCGCGACGGAUGAUGGACGCGGUAUUCACGCGCAUUUGGUCGAGGGUGUUUCAGGAAGAAUUAUUUACAGGGUAUAUCACGCGAAAGCGAAAGGUCCGGUUUACGCCACAUUGUGCGAAAACUGGAUCACGUACUCUUACUAUGACACAGACGCGCAAAGACACGCACUCAGCGUUCUAGAAGUCUACGAUGAUUCUGAAACUCGCAAAAACAAAGCAGUGUCCCAGUUAGUGUUGAAAUCUUUGUUUGGGAGGAGUACAAGCUCUGCUACAAAGAAGAAUAUAUCAUCUUCGGCGGCUGGUGUGCGCCAAGUGACGGAUGACGAUGAAACGGUUUUGUCAUCCUUCACGCCUCCACCACUUCGCGUGCUGGGUCAAUCGUACUUUAUUCGACCGGGAACAAAGUUCAUGCGAGUCACGGCAUCGGCUCGUGGCAUUACUGGACACCAAGUUCUUCUUGGAACAGAUACGGAUCAAGUGGUUGCGCUGGAUAGACGCUGGCUCGAUCCCCGUAGACCGACGAAACCAUCUGCAUUCGAUCGCGAUGAGGGGUUAAUCCCGUAUAUGGAAGUUUUACCACUAUCACCCUCGUCUUGGGUGACAAACAAGAAUAUCGUAGCCCGUUUGAAAGAUGUGGUAACGGCGCCCACUGCGCUAGAGAGUACCGUGCUUUGUUUUGCCCGAGGCGUGGAUGUAUUUUACACCCGUUUGCACCCAUCGCAAUCUUUCGAUGCGCUCGAUGAGGAAUUCUCAUACGGUUUAUUGAUUAUUAGUUUGUUGGUCGUAGGCGUCACGGCUCUAGCUACGCAUCGCAUGAGUGUGAAGGCGACUUCAAAGAGGUUGUGGAAGUAG